GUUAGUGAAGCAAUCUAAUCUCCUCCUUCAAAGACGCAAACUCUUUCUCUUCCCUUUCCUCUUCACUGCUAAGCAGCUCUUCUUUCUUCAUAAACAGCCAAAGCAAUGCCUAGAACGAAUCAAAGUUCGAGCAGCACCAAAGCAGCUGCCUUCUUUUCCGCAACUCUGCUUCUCUGGGCAAUCUCUGUUUUCUUCGAAAUCGUCUUCAACAAGCGGACAGAGCUCAUUUACAUAGUUGCAGGAGUUUGUUUUUACCAAUUAGCGAAUUGGAUCAUUAGAUUCUGUGUCUCCCGUGACCCUCUCUUUGUUAACACCUCCGUUUCUCUCCUUCACUCUGCAAUAACUUCCACUUCAGUGAUUUUCAUUCUGGUUAAUCAAUGGUCCGUAACUGGUUUCAAGAGGAUGUUUGAGCAUAAGCAACUUGUCGAGGGUACUUGGCCAUGGGCAUACCAGGCUCUGUGCUUCUCGUGUGGUUACUUUGCAUACGAUCAGCGAGAUAUGCUGCAAUACCGACUAUAUAGUGGCUUUAUCCCUUCUAUUUUAAUGCAUCAUCUACUACUACUCAUUUGCUUCACCCUUGCAUUGUAUCGACAUAUAAGAAUAAACUACCUUAUUCUCACUCUCAUUUGCGAGCUGCAUUCCGUAUUUCUGCAUGUGAGGAAAGUGAGGCGGAUGGCCGGCGUUCGUGAUGCCGAGAGCACAGUCGUGAAGGUAGAAUGGAUUCUUAACUGGAUCAUGUUCGUUUUCGCGAGACUUGUAUCACACAUUCUGAUAACAGGAAAGCUAAUCAAAGAUGCUUCCAUGUUCGAAAAGGGUAUCGAAUGACCUCUUGCUAUGCUCGGGAUGGCCGGAAUGAAUUUGCUUAACGCAUUUCUGGGCAUCGACCUCUUCAAUGCUUUCAUGAAAGAGAAAACCUCAUAGGUAUGAUCCGAAACGCCACGAGUAACAGAAAGACUUGGCUGAAUCUUAAA